AUGACCACCACAGCCAAUACACACGCUGGAACCAUGGACAUGCACGCUCUGUUCUCUAGAGACGCGCCCGGGGACGGCUCGGACGGGAACAAGCUCUCAAUGGGGACGCUCGUCGGCGUCGUGUUCGGCGCCCUCUUCCUCUUCGCUGUCCUCGUGAUGCUCGGCGUUGGGGUCUGGCGAAGACGUCAGCUCACCGCAUCCCCCUCUUCAUCUCCGGCGACCCCACACCCGUCUUGCGCACGCUCGAGGACGAAGUCCAUCGACAGCGACGAGAACCGCGCGGACGUCGCGAGCCACCGCGACUCUUCGGUGACCGGGAUCAGCCUCGUCGACGCCCCGAGCAAACCCUUCACUGCGAAGGCGUCCCUCGCGCAGGAUGCGCACUGGGAAGAGCCGCGUAUCCCGCUGCCCCGCGCCGUGGUGCUCCCGUGGAUGUCUCGGCGCAAGCCUGAGGUCUUGGGGAAGACGUGA